CCUUGUCCGACAUCACGGGGUUCACUUGACUGCGUGCAGAGCGUUUGAGAUCGAUCGUAUUUGCGUCCUCGUAGACUUCGCGCGUCGAAUCUUCGUUUUGUUUCGUGCUCUCCCUGUUCAAAAAUUCCGCAAUCCUGUCUAGGUCUCUCAAAAUGGUGAAGAUGGAGCAUGACGAUGGCAAAAAUGAGCCAGAACAUGUGAGAAAGUUAUUUAUUGGCGGCUUGGAUUAUAGAACAACAGAUGAUUCACUUAAGAAACAUUUUGAGCAAUGGGGAGAGAUUGUGGAUGUUGUUGUGAUGAAAGAUCCUAAAACAAAACGUUCCAGAGGCUUUGGUUUUAUCACCUAUUCCCGUGCUCAUAUGGUGGAUGAUGCUCAAAAUGCUAGGCCACAUAGAGUGGAUGGUAGGGUGGUAGAGCCUAAGAGAGCAGUACCUCGACAAGAAAUCGGCCGACCCGAAGCUGGAGCAACAGUGAAGAAACUUUUUGUAGGUGGCCUGAAAGAUGACCAUGAAGAGGAAGAUCUCAGGCAGUACUUUCAAAGUUACGGUAGCAUAAACUCGAUCAGUAUAGUAACUGAUAAAGAAACCGGUAAAAAGCGUGGUUUUGGCUUUGUCGAAUUUGAUGAUUAUGACCCUGUUGACAAGAUCUGUCUACAACGUAAUCAUCAGAUCCGCGGCAAGCACGUUGACGUGAAAAAGGCUUUAAGUAGAGCUGAAAUGGCGUCUGCUUCCGGCGGUGGUGGCGGCGGUGGCGGCGGCAAUCGUGGUGGACAAGGCGUAGGCAGAGGGCCACGCGGCGGCAACCAGGGUGGUGGUAAUUGGGGUGGACGCGGCAGUGGCGGCGGCGGUGGUGACUGGAACAACGGCGGUAAUCAAGGUGGAUACGGCGGUGGUAAUCAAGGAGGUUGGGGAGGUAAUGGACCAUGGGAGAAUCAGAAUCAAGGUAAAGGAGGCGGGUGGAACCAAGGAGGACAAGGCGGCUACAACAGCGGUGGAAACUGGAGCAAUGAUAAUUUUGGUGGUGGCUACCAGCAAGGUUACGGUGGCGGGCCAGUGCGCAACAACUUUAACUCAGGCGGCAGACCAGCACCCUACGGUAUUAAUUCGGGUCCUAGCGGCCGACAGUCUGGACCCAUGGGCGGCGGGAAUUCUGGUGGCGGUGGUGGAUACGGGAAUCAGGGCGGCUACGGUGGUAAUUCUCUGGGAGGCGGAAACAUGGGUGGAGGUGGAGGAGGAGGCGGCAGUGGCAGGAGAUACUAGAAAAAUGCGGCAUAUUCUUCUCUCAUAUGAGAGCGACGUGCCUCUACCACCAUCGUUCCAAGGUCGCGCCCUCCGGCCGAGGUAAGUUCAAAUAAUAAUCUAUUGCCUAAUGACAGGCUGUAGCGAGCACUUGGAAAGUACGAUGAAAUUCCUUUUACCAUUCGAAGGCAGGAAUUCUUAAGAAAAUCUAAAAAGUAAGACUACCAAAUAUUUUACAGUCACAAAAGUUGAGAAAUUUUUAAUAAUAUAUUUUGGAGAAUCAACAGGUCAUAAAAUUGCAGAAAUAAUUCAGAAAUUCGGCGACUGAAGGUAACUUGAAAGAUAAGAAUUCCGUGAGAAUAUUGAGGCGAGAAAUACUUUGAAUAAAAAAAAAAUAAUUACAAACAUUUCUAUAGAUUGAGGAUUUGUUCAAUUGAAAAAAAUGAUCACCAAAUUGUGAAGAAAUAGAUUUUACUAUCGAAAGAUGAAGAAGCGGAGAAAAAAAUGAAGGAGUUUACAAAGUUUUAAGUCUUGAAAUAAAUAUAUUAAAUUUUUUUUCUAGAAGUGUUGGAAACAGAUAAAUACCUCUAAUAUCGAGAUUUUCAGUGGCGAAUUUAGCGAUCAAUCGCAAGUUCAGAUUCUAACUGAAGGGAUCUCGAAAGUCUCCGAGGUUGUUUAGUUCAAGUGAAAUCUUGGAAUCUACUUAUAUUUCCUGAGAACGUAAAAGUUCUUACAUUUACAAAUUCAACGAGCUAGGAGUUGAAAGACUUCUGAACAGGCAAAAAUCGUAGAGAUCCUAGAAAUCAGAUCUCGGAUCUAAGAAUCUAUUGUCUGAUGUAUUUAGGUUGUGUAACUAUUUUUACACGUUUAAUAAACUUCUUUUCUAGACUA